AUGGGUCACAGUGGAGUAAACCAGCUGGGCGGGGUGUUUGUGAAUGGGAGGCCUUUACCUGAUACUACCAGGCAGAAGAUAGUGGAGCUGGCCCACAGUGGAGCUCGACCCUGUGACAUAUCCAGAAUACUGCAGGUAUCUAACGGCUGUGUGAGUAAAAUCCUGGGCAGAUAUUACGAGACAGGUUCCAUCCGUCCUCGAGCCAUAGGAGGGAGUAAACCCAGGGUGGCCACUCAGGAAGUGGUGGGGAAGAUUGCUCACUACAAAAGAGAGUGUCCGUCCAUCUUCGCCUGGGAGAUCAGAGACCGGCUGCUGGCAGAGGGAGUCUGCACCAACGACAACAUACCCAGUGUUUCAUCAAUAAAUCGAGUCCUGAGGAACCUCACCAGUGAUAAACCGCAGAUGGGCACAGUGGGAGCUGAGGGGAUGUUUGACAAACUGAAGAUGCUCAACGGACAAACCUCCUGGGGGGGGCGCUCAGGGUGGUACGCUGGGACUACACUUACUACUCCUGAGUGUCCGCAGGCGGAGGGGGGGGAGAACACCAUAUCAGGAAGUUCCAACGGUGACGACUCAGAGGAGACUCAGAUGAGGCUCCAGCUGAAGAGGAAGCUGCAGAGAAACAGAACGUCUUUCACUCAGGAGCAGAUAGAAGCACUGGAGAAAGAGUUUGAAAGGACUCACUAUCCAGAUGUGUUUGCCCGAGAACGCCUUGCCAACAAAAUAGACCUUCCAGAGGCCAGAAUACAGGUUUGGUUUUCCAAUAGAAGAGCAAAGUGGAGAAGAGAGGAGAAACUGAGAAACCAACGUCGCCAGGUGUCCAGCUCCUCCAACCAUAUCCCCAUCAGCAGCAGCUUCAACACAAGUGUUUACCAGCCUAUACCACAACCUGCUACACCAGUGUCCUUCUCUUCAGGAUCCAUGUUGGGAAGGUCGGAUUCAGUUCUGUCCAACAGCUAUGGCCUACCCACAAUGCCCAGCUUUAGUAUGGCUGCCAGUCUGCCUAUGCAAGCAUCCAGCCAGAGCUCUUAUUCCUGCAUGCUGCCCACCAGCCCAACUUUAAAUGGAAGAAGUUAUGAGACCUAUACUCCUCCACACAUGCAGCCACACAUCAACAGCCAGUCAAUGACGUCCUCCGCAACAUCGUCAACAGGUCUGAUUUCCCCCGGGGUCUCAGUUCCAUUGCAAGUUCCAGGAAAUGAAGUGGAUAUGUCACAGUACUGGCCACGCCUGUAGUGAUGUCAUUUCUGACAGCAACAGGACUUCUGCAACAGGACUGUAUGGGACCUCAAAGCAUCCCCUAUUCCUAUUUUAUAGCCUGAAUGUGAAUGCACCAGUCAUUGACAAAAAGAAACUGCACCGCAGGAAUUACUCUGAUUAGUGUUUGUGCAACAAUUCCGGUGACAAGCAGGACAGAAGGAUGAUCAAUCUUCCAACUGAAGGAUUUAAAUAUCACCACAAACCAGUGCAAGAGGAUAAAAGGUCUUUGAGAGUUCUGCCCUUGAAGCCCAGAACAGAAAGCUCUGUCCCGAGCUGUUCUCUGGAAGCUCAGGAAGCUGGCCCAUCCUCUGGCAAAACUAAACUCCAUAUAGGAAUAAAAUGCUGAGUGUCCAUGUGGAAAAUCUUUGGGAAGACACAUUACCUCGACUUUCAGUUCCUGAUGUAUAUCACGUUGGUGUAUGUAGCAAAAAAGACUUUGACUGAAACAUAAAGGGAAGAACUUAAUGAAACUUGAAAUGAACUCUCUGCUGUGAAUUUGUUUCAUCAGCUGAUUCCAAAAGCUCCGGCCGGGAAUGUGUAUAGAAUUUCAGAAUGUGGAUUCUGGUGAUAUGUGUUUGGUAUUGUAAAAACUUGACCUGGAUGUGAUUUGCUAACUAGCAUGGAAUGAGAAACUGAUAAAGGUUUAAGGACAAAAAUAUCAGUUUGUUUGAAUUCCAAAGUUUGUAUGUCCAGAAAUUAAACGGUUAACAAACCAUUGAACGACUGGAGGCCUCAAUGCUUGUUUAUGAAAAGUGAACAUAAGACUGUGUCUGGGAUGUAAAUCUGUUUCUAAUUUGAAAGUGUAAAG